UGGCAUUAGUUGCAGACUUGGACACGUUGCGACAGCGGCAUAUCCUCCGAAAUGACCAACAUGAAGCUUAUCAUACACGCUUAACCUACAUAGCCUAUUUGUUUGUGAUGGACUGGGAGGCUUUUUAUGUGGGCUGCUGAGUCCAGCAACUUUAUUCUCGCGCUGUGUGAGGAUUUUACCACAGCUUUAGAUGAAGCAUGAAUUGCGAUUCAAAGAACUUCUCGUAAAUGGCAAGGUCCACGCUCAGGUGUGUGGAAGCUCCGAAAGAAUUUCCUCCAUGCAUCAAGCAUGCAAUAAAAGUGAUAUCAGCUGAACUGAGUAAAGCAAAGAUGUUUUCGGAAGAAGCCAAUUUCAGUUACACUUCGAACGGCACGGAUGAUGAUGACACGCUGUCCACGCUAGAUCAAGAUUGGAGCGACUCUCCUGCUGAGAAACUGUCACGGACGGGACAUAAUGUGGUCGCCGUUAUUUUGGGAUCUAUUCUGGUAUUCGGGAUCCUAAACAAUUUAAUCGUCCUCGUUCUGUUUUGUAAAUUCAAGACCCUACGGACUCCUGUGAACAUGCUUCUGCUCAACAUCAGUGUGAGUGACAUGCUCGUAUGUCUGUUCGGCACCACGCUCAGCUUCGCGGCCAGUAUCCGUGGCCGGUGGCUGGUGGGGAGACACGGGUGCAUGUGGUACGGAUUUGUCAACUCGUGCUUUGGGAUUGUAUCAUUGAUCUCUCUGGCAAUCCUUUCGUAUGAUCGUUACAGCACUUUAACUGUUUACAACAAGAGAGCCCCAGACUACAGCAAACCCUUGUUGGCUGUCGGGGGCUCCUGGCUCUACUCAUUGUUCUGGACGGUCCCCCCCCUGCUGGGCUGGAGUAGCUAUGGACUGGAAGGGGCAGGAACCAGCUGUUCAGUCACAUGGACUGCCAACACCCCCCAGUCACAUUCCUAUAUCAUCUGCCUGUUCAUUUUUUGUUUGGGACUCCCCGUGCUGGUCAUGGUGUACUGUUACAGCCGGCUCCUCUGUGCUGUCAAACAGGUAGGGCGUAUCAGGAAGACAGCAGCAAGGCGGAGAGAGUACCACAUUUUAUUUAUGGUCAUCACUACAGUGGUGUGCUACCUUUUGUGCUGGAUGCCUUAUGGGGUUGUUGCAAUGAUGGCCACAUUUGGACAUCCGGGGAUCAUCACACCCAUUGCGAGCGUGGUGCCGUCCCUACUUGCCAAAAGCAGCACAGUCAUCAACCCUCUUAUUUACAUCCUUAUGAACAAACAGUUUUACAGGUGUUUCCUUAUCCUGUUUCAUUGCAAACACAGCUCUCUAGAGAAUGGACAGUCCUCUUUGCCUUCAAGAACUACUGUCAUCCAGCUCAACCGAAGGGCUUAUAGCAACCCAGUGGCCGGCUACGAACCACCUUCCAUUGGUCUCCAAAAUGAUUGCAGCACCCCUGUCUCGGGCUGAACCAAUACACACACACACACACCUCUAUGUUACAGCUCCACCCUACCUUAGUCAAAACACAACAUACAUAUUUGACUAAAUUAUAACAAAGUCGUCUGUGCAGUGUUGUUGAGUGCCUACCAAUCAAAAGCUGAAAAUCAGACCUGUAGCAAAGUGAUCUCUAUAGCCGUCAAACUGUUGUCUGACCUAAUACACCAACCAGUAUUUGUAUGUGAUUUGUCAAUAUAAAUGUUACAAAGAGCGAGAAAAGUGCAACCAGCUACUGGUGACUUGUUAAAUUGGAUGUGUAGAUCAUGUGCUGGUGCAUUACUUAUAAAUGUGCUUGGCCCCAUGUUGUUUUCAUGUUCCCAACCAAUUUAAGGCCAGAUCUGAAUAAGAUGUUGAAUAAAGCUGUGAAUUUCAUGGAAACACCCUCAAAACUGGUAAAAUUCUC